AUGAGGGCAGUGGGGGCUGUGCGCCUCAUCCCCCCCGAGGCCUUCAACAAGAAGAGCUUUGAGGAUGAGGUUCUCCUGGCACGCUCCUUGGAUGCAGUAAGGAGCAAGAUUAGGUCUCUGCAGAGUGAAAAGCUCUCUUUGGUCAGGGAUUCAGAAGUUCCAACUGAUGCCAGGGGGGUGCAGAAAUGGGUUAAAAGAAUGCCCUGCAAUGACUCCCCAGAACCACUGCUGUCCUACAGAGAAACUACAACAUUUCAAAAGGCUCUGAAACGUGUAGAUGUAACUGCAGCUGCAGAAGUCAGAUCCCUACCUGAUUUUAUUGUUCCUGAGGAAAAAAGGAGUAAUUUCUUGGAAUUUCUGUCCACACGCCGGCGAGGCUGCCACGAUGAAGCUGUCACCUCCAUGCACCAGGAGCUUGCCUCUGUUGCCAGGGAGAUGGAGCCCUUUGUUUUGGAACCUGGACAAAUCCUCCUGGCAAAACUGAUGGAAUCUGAUAGAAAAAUUGAACUUUUGUUCAAAAAGAUUGAGUGUGACAGUGCACUGACAGGUUUCUCAAUGGAAGGUUUGGAAGAACUAUGGAACACUGUCCAUCAGGAAUCCUUGACCAGGAAGAAGUGGAUUAGGGAAAUGGAUGAAUCCUUGCAAAAGGUUGAAUGGCAUCGAGCUGAUAAAAUAACAGAUGUACUGAGGAAGUAUACAGUGAUACUGGAGGAAAUUGCCUUCUUCUUGUCCACUGAUGUUUACAAGUUCAUUAAUAAUGAGGCCAUGCUGAUUAACAGAGCACUGCUGGCUAAUCACAGGGCAAUUGCCAAGCUGUUCUCCAACCUCAUGAAGACAGAGUUGCAGUGGGAGUUAUCCCAUCGAUGGAAGUGGGAAGAUAGAGUCAAGGACUGGAGGCUGAUCCAGAAGAACAAUGUAAUUCACAGUUUCAGAGAAUUUAUGGCAAAUGAAGAAAUACAGAAUCCCCCAGCUGUGAGGACAGAAGUGGAAAAUAUGAUAAUGGAUCUGAGUUUACUUAGUGAAAAGAGACUGGAGAUAUUGCAGCACCUUGGUGAUUUGUUGCCUCCAGCACAGAGGGAAGCUGAGAUGAGUGAAUGGUACACAUCUUUGGUGAAUUUAAACAAAAGUAUAGACACCCGUGGGGAGCAAUGUCUGACGAAAAUACACACCCAGUAUGAGAUGGUCCAGCAGAAAUGGGUGGCAGAAGUGGAGUUAUGCAAGAAUAACCUGUUGAAUCUGAGAAUUUGCACAAAAGAAGAGGCUGAAGAAAUUGUGAAUUCUGAGUUCCUUCAGUUGACAGAGAAACUAAACAGCCACUUUGAAGAAGAACUGGAGCAAAUGGAUAGAGAUUUGGAGGAGAUGGCUAAACAGAAUGAGGAGAAUUGUAGAGACUUGUACAGCUAUUGUCAGGGGGCCAUGGAUCUCUGGGAUGAGCACCAACAAAAGCUGUCCCAGCACAAAGAUGAAUUCCAGAAGAAAUUAGAUGAAUGCAGAUGGCAACAGGAUAAGUUAAUACAGAUGGAAGAAGACAACCUGGAUGUAGUUUUGACUCAAAUGAGAACAGCAAGCUCUGAAGAAAAGCUGAAGACCUAUUUGGAGGAAGCCUUUUCUUGUUUAGAUGAUAUUAGAGCUAGGUAUGAGACAUUUAACCAAGUUCUAAUGGAUAAAGUCAUGUUUUACCCAGAAGAUGUUUUGAGGAAGUUGUUUUCUUAUAGCAUAUCCAUCAGCCAAUAUUUUAAUGUAAAGGAAAUCUUCAAACAGAACUUGCAAGGGGAGAUAGAGCUCACAUCUCGAGAUCAAGUAAAACUCUGCUUUUACUGGAAUGAACUAGUUGAGGUUACAGAAGCUGAACAUCUGGUGGAGCAGCAAGCUGAGAGCAUUGUGCAAGAAAAUGAAGGAGCUGAAAAGACAAAUAGUCAACAGGAAAAUGAAACAAAAACCACAGAUGAGACUGAGAAUGUCAUUGCACAGGAAACUGAAGUAACAGAGGAAGAAGAACAGGGGGAGAGUUUUCCUCAUGGAAGUGAAGAAACUGAGCAUGAAGGACAGGGGGCUGUGCUCAAUGGCAGUGAGGCAGAAAGGUCUGAAAUUGUGGUUGAGACCUUUUCCACUUCUAGUGGAAACACUUAUACAAUUCUUGAAGUUGAAGAAGCAGGAAAGACUGACAUCCCAGAGACUUAUCUUACAAAAUAUGAAGAAGAAUCACUUCCUGUGUACCUGAAACAUGGACUUAUCAAAGAGACCAUAUUUGUGGAGCUGAAGAAACAGAUUCGCCUCUGCUUUUUUGAACACCUGGAGAAAUGGUUUGCAGAGGCCUUGUCCAGCUCCUGUGUCUUUGUAGCUGCCAAGAAAAAGAAACUGAAUUCAGAACUUCAGCAGUGUCUGCACUUGCAUCAGCAAAGGCCAGUGGAUAUAGAGAGAAAUAUCUACAACUUCAGAGCUGCGGAACUGUUGCUUCACAAGGAGUACCUGGAGCACCACUGUGGGGAGCUGAAAAGGGCUCUGGGAAGAGAGAAAGCUGAAUUCCGCAAGUUUUCUGACCAGCAAAAUAACAUGAUCAAAAACUUACAUUCACAAAUCUCUGACAUGGAAUCUGUCUUCCUCAAUGCUCCUGUGACUGAGAAGUUUAUUUCUUUCAAAUCCAACCUGCGCCCAGAGCUACGGAAUCACCUGGAAAUGAUCCAGGUUUCCCUGAGGGGUUACAGGAACUAUUUGGAUGAGGCUUUUGGGAAAUUAAAGGACUCCAAUGUGCAUUUUCUCAAGGAUUGCAGAUUAUUUUCAGAUGGAGGUAACUUUUCUCUGGAGGAGGUGAAGUCUUUCAGCAAACGUCUUCAGGCAGAAACUAAACGUAUUGGCACCUUGGAAACUUCACUCAAGAAAGAUAUGGAGAAAGUGGAAUUGAAAUGCUUUGACCAGGCUUCUGAACUUAUCAACCAAUCUGAAACAAAGUUCCAUUAUAUCUUCAUGAAUCGAGUCUUUAUGGAGAAGAGCAAACGACUUCUGAAAAAUGUACAGCUACAAAUCAGAGCAGAGGUGGCAAAAUCCAAUUUUCAGGCAGAGACAUUAAACUCUUAUCUGGAGAAGCUCCAUCAGAAGAUAGAUGCUUGUGCUCAUCCUGCUGCAGAUAAGGAAGCUUUGACUGCUGAGGAGUUGUAUGAUUUUGUCAAAGUAGUGUUGGAAGAACUGAGAAAGAGGAGCCAGUAUCUUGACUGCUUGAUAGUAAAAGCACCAAGUCCAUGUGAUGCAUUUCAGGAGGAUGUCAGCCCUCUUGCAACACUUGAUAAGUUGCAGGGUCCAAUUGCUGUUGCCAUUCGAACAGAGCACAAGAAAGGGCUGGUGAUGGGGCUGGAUCCUGCAGAAUUCCCUCUGUUGAACCCAAGCAGAGCAGGGAAGUCUGCACUUGAUGAUUUGUCAGUUGGUGUUAUCAAAAAUUUACUUGAAAUUAAGCCACCUGAAAAACCUCCAGGCCCAAAUCAGCAGAGAAGUUAUCGUUCCCACUCGUUAAGACGAGCAAGUACCCUAUCAAGGAAGAAAUCUCUCUUCAGUGAAUCUGGUGAAGGUCCUCUCCAGGAGCCUCCUACUUCUGCAGCUGCCUCCAGGAAAUCCUCUGUGAACAUAAAGAUGUCAAAAAGAAAAGCAAAGAAAUCGCUCACACUAGAUCCCACUGACAAGAGAUUCCAGAUUUUUGAAGAGGAGCCUCCAGAAUCUGAUACUUUUAAGGGGAUUGUUAAGAAUAUUGUCUGGACAGUUAAUAACAGCUUGCUUCACCUUGCUGAGGAAUUCUACCAAGAAGCAAAUCCUGAUAUCAUGGUGCCUGAAGAUCUGCCAAAGACAUUUGAAUGUUGUGCAGAAAUGUUCAAACAGAAAUUGCUGUCAUUCCAAAGUCAGACAGAUGGUCACUACAAUACCUUUCUUAUAGGAUUUCACAAUCAGUUGAUUAUGUUUGAGAAGGAGCUCCCUUCUGUCUCCCAGUUGGCAUUUGCUGAGCUUCUAAAAGAACACGAGCAGAAACUCAGCUAUUCCACCUCUCGGAUUCUGCACCCCUUCAAUAAACAGAUGGAAAAUUGGGAAAUUCUGAAGGCUGCACACAGGAAUCAGUUGCAUCUCUCUCUGGGACACCGAGACAACUUCUUUCAGCUGGAUGCUUUGUGCCAAGAGGAAAUAAAAAGGCAAAAAACCCAAGCUGAUGCUGUUCAUCUCAACACACUGAUGCUGCAGAACUGUGCUGCUGAGUGUGCUCAGAACUUUGUUUCUGCAUUAGCUGCCUUGACUGAAAAGCUGCUUCUGGAGUUUGAUGAAAGUAUCAUUACUGAUGAUGUACAGGCAGCAGAAAUUGAAAAGCCAAAAGAGAAAGUAUCCACCUUAAUGCGCCGUAAGCAAGCAGGACUUCCCCUGGAGAUCCCUGAAGCUAAACAGUUAACUCAGCGUGGGAGCAGAACUUGGCCAGGAAUACCCACGACCACUCUUGCAGGCCAUCCAGCCUCUGUCAUAUGCACACAAACUGCAUCAGUUAAAACAGCCAAGACCACACUGGGCCAUGUAGCAGCAGUAGAAGCAAGAGAUGCUGUCUAUAAGGAAUACAUAUGUAAACUUGAGCAGCAGCUUGCUCAGAUCCAGAAAGAAAGUACAGCUCAGCUGCUGGAAAUUCAGCGUUGGGAAGAGUGGUGGAACCGAUCCAUCCAGAAGAUAAAGCAGUUCUAUACCUGA